AUGUCUCAAUUUUACUUACAAUCUGCUAAUCAGACUUUGUGUGCACCUGUGGAUGGUACAGAACUGAAAUCAAGCUCUGAUAAUGAAACCACAAAUGAAAAGUGGACCGAAGACUCCUUUCCAGGAUUAGAAAUACUGUGCACAAUUUAUGUUACAUAUGCUGUGAUCAUUUCUGUGGGUCUCCUUGGAAAUGCAAUACUCAUCAAAGUUUUUUUCAGGAUUAAAUCAAUGCAGACGGUUCCCAACAUCUUCAUCACCAGCCUGGCAUUUGGAGACCUGCUGCUUUUGUUAACAUGUGUGCCUAUAGAUGCAACACGUUACAUUGUGGACACCUGGCUUUUCGGAAGAAUUGGGUGCAAGCUGUUGUCUUUUAUCCAGUUAACAUCAGUUGGAGUAUCAGUGUUUACCCUGACUGUUCUCAGUGCUGACAGGUACAGAGCCAUUGUUAAACCCUUGGAACUGCAGACUUCAGAUGCACUCCUGAAGACCUGCUGUAAAGCCGGCUGUGUUUGGAUUGUCUCCAUGAUAUUUGCUAUCCCAGAGGCUGUUUUUUCAGAUUUGUAUUCUUUCAGCAAUCCUGAGAAAAACGUAACUUUUGAAGCAUGUGCCCCCUACCCUGUAUCUGAGAAAAUCUUACAGGAAGCUCACUCCCUGGUUUGCUUCUUAGUGUUCUAUAUUGUGCCCUUAGCUGUCAUUUCUGUCUACUACUUUCUUAUUGCCAGAACUUUAUAUAAAAGUACAUCCAACAUGCCAGCAGAAGAACACGGUCAUGCCCGUAAGCAGAUUGAAUCCCGCAAGAGAGUUGCAAAGACAGUGUUGGUGCUUGUGGCUCUGUUUGCCUUCUGCUGGUUGCCCAACCACAUCCUCUACCUGUACCGCUCUUUCACAUACCACACUUCUGUUGAUGCUUCCACCUUUCAUCUGAUAGCAACUAUUUUUUCCCGUGCCUUGGCCUUCAGCAAUUCCUGUGUCAAUCCUUUUGCUCUUUAUUGGCUGAGUAAAAGUUUCCGGCAACAUUUUAAAAAGCAAGUAUUAUGCUGCAAGUCAGCAUUCUGUGCAAAGCCUCCCAGUGCUCCCCAGAGCAGUUCUCCUACCAGAGUCCCGUCGAUCACGGGCAGCAUGCAUGGCUCAGAAAUCAGUGUUACACUGCUAACAGAUUAUAGCAUCACAAAAGAAGAGGAAAGUGUUUAG